UCCCGCCCGUCGCCAUUUUACGUCUCGAGGUGAAACGCCAGAGAGCGUCAGCGCGCAGGCGGGCUCAGCCCUGGCUGGGGGCUGGCCCCGCCUCCAGGGUGCCUAGAGCCCGCCCCCCGCCCAGGCUCCGCCUUCCCCCACGUGUGUGCGGCCGAGGGGAGGCGCCUGAGCCGGAGCGGGCUCUCCACCUCUCUGGCCCGGUCCUCAUACAGGUUUCUGACAGCGUCUCCAGGGAGCGGUCCCGGCUGCCGGAUGCUUCCUCCCCGGCUGCGGUGGGCCGGGAUGGUCGCUUAGUGCCCGGCUCGAGCCCUGCCCGAGGCGCCCGCGGGGGUGGCAGCGGCCUCCGCCCCGCGGAGACCGAGCGGCUGGAGGACGAGGCUGCGGCCGUGGGGAGGAGGAUGGGGGCUAACCAGUUAGUGGUGCUCAACGUCUACGACAUGUACUGGAUGAAUGAAUACACCUCAUCUAUUGGAAUUGGAGUUUUUCAUUCUGGAAUUGAAGUAUAUGGCAGAGAAUUUGCUUAUGGUGGCCAUCCUUAUCCUUUUUCCGGAAUAUUUGAAAUUUCCCCAGGAAAUGCUUCUGAGCUAGGAGAAACAUUUAAAUUUAAAGAAGCUGUUGUUCUAGGAAGUACGGACUUUCUAGAAGAUGAUAUAGAAAAAAUUGUAGAAGAACUGGGGAAAGAGUACAAAGGCAAUGCCUACCACCUGAUGCACAAAAACUGCAAUCACUUCUCUUCAGCUCUCUCAGAGAUUCUCUGUGGGAAAGAGAUUCCUCGCUGGAUCAACCGGCUGGCCUACUUCAGCUCCUGCAUACCCUUUCUACAGAGUUGCCUCCCAAAGGAGUGGCUCACUCCUGCUGCACUGCAGUCUAGCGUCAGCCAAGAACUCCAGGAUGAACUGGAAGAAGCAGAGGAUGCAGCCGCAGCCUCUGCCAUGGCAAAUGCUUCAGCCGGUGCCAGAACUGGGCGUCACACUAAACUAUAAGUCCUCUGAAGUCAGGCCUUCAGAACUGUCUGGAGUUGAGUAUCACUAGAGAAAAAAAAAAAAAAAAAAAAAGAGUAAAUGUCCUUUGGAUAUUUUGUAUGCAAAGAUGGCUCUCCCCCAAAUCCCAGUUUUUCAGCUCAGGAUUAUAUUUGUAAUCAAAAAAAAACAAAAAAGAAGAAAAAUCGCUUGGCGCAGGAGGGAGAACUUUUAUAUGAAGUUGCCCUCUUUUCUUUUCUUUUUAACCCACUUGUAAAUUUGGAUUCACUUCCUCUGUUUUAUAUGAGCUCUGUUAAAUUACGUUUACAGUAUUUUGUACCACUGUUUACAAAUCUUGCAUGGACUUCUGCCACCGUGAAAGAAGAACAUCCUAAUCUUCAAAAAUGAGGCAGAUGAUCUUUGUACACUUCCUGACAGUUGCCAGAGUGACAGCAUAAGUAGUAGGACAAGGAAAGGCUUUCAUGGCCACAGUCCUCCUCAUCACUGCUCACAAGCUGUCCUUCCUUUGUAUUUGUUUUGUUACCAUUUUUGGCACCCAGAUACAGGAGUCCAGACUGGCCUGAAAAGGAGUGCACACACAGCCAGAGGCUUGGGUCCUGGGUCAGUUCCUCUCCACACCCUCUUCCCAGUCUGAGUAGCACAUUUCCCAAGGUGCCGUGGAGCAACUGGUUUCACCCCAAAUAUGCCCACCUCAGCAGGGUGGUAUGCUUGUAUCUGCCUGGCUUGAUGCCUCUGAUUCUUUAGUGAAGAUGUUUUCAUGGAAGAUACUCUUAUAAACUGAUGAGUGUUUUUGCACAUGUGUUAGGAGAGGGACUUCACUUUUAUUUUAAUACAUUCAAAACUCCUCCCUGGAAGGAUAUUUUUGGUGGGUGGAGUAUCCUAACCUAGCUUCCUGAGCAGCAGUACACAGUGACAUUAAACUGCUUUUUAACAGCCAGGCUAUCUUUUAUACUGGACAUUGAAAACUAGAAUCUAAAAUACACCCCAAAGGAAACUCUUUAAUAUUUAAUACUUUGUGUAUACCAUACCAGAAAUGACUUGUUGGAGUUUCUUAGUUCAUGAUGGGAGUAGUUGCACCUCAUAAUAGAGAUUCUAUUUUCAUUGAUAUCUCGUUGAAAAAUCAUAUUUUUGUGUGUCUUAAAUUCAUCUUUUUAUGUUCUCAAAUGUACAUCUCUUAUAUAACAUACUCUUGAGAAUGAGGUUGUGUCACAGUUGAGUCUUUAGUAAGGAAGUCAUCUGUUAGAGUCCAACCCCAGUUGACCCUUGGAUGUAGAAAACCAAUCAUUACAUGUCACAAUCAAUGUUCUGCCUUAAGAGUGAGUGUCCUGUGUUAGUAGUGGAUACGACAUAGGAACAUCCAAGGUACUGACUGCAGCUUUAGAUACAUGAUUAGUGUGAGAAUCAUAGUCUCUGUGUGAGUACACACGUCUUUGAGUAAAUUUCACCUUUAAUUUUCCAUCAACUGAUUUCGAUUGAUAACUUUUUAAAGUAAGCACACCCUCUUUAUAGGGAAAGUAUACCUUGGGUUAUUUAACACUGGCCUGAGGAAAAUGAAGUCACUUUGUGCUGUUUGACUGUUCUGUCUCCAGAGGAGAAAGCUGCUGGAAGCUGCUCCGCACCACCCUGGGCGGAGCGUUUGCUUCAGGAACCAACUGUGCAGCAAGACAGAAUACGUGACCUUGAUGAAGAGUUGACUUAGUUCAGGUCUGAAAAUGAGACUUAGAACAAAACACUAAUGCCCCCCAAGAGGCGUUUACUACAAGAGCCCAAGCCCUCAGCCCAGCUUAGUAGGAGAUACUUGGCCCAGUUGACUUGGGGUUUUUGUUUGUUUGUUUGUUUGUUUGUUUUAUUAAUAGCGUGGAUCAUGGUGUUUUCUAAUCUAUUGAGAUAUAAAAUGUAUUUCUGGGUAAAAAGCUGGGAGCAUCUCUGUGCCCACCCACAUUUCAGCAGCUCAGCACACAAGUGGCUGCUGUGCUCACACCGGACUGUAAUAUUUGACAUUUGAAGUAGUGUAAAAGUCAUCUAGGAAAUAAACAGCACAGGUGCAGGUCACCUGAGAGUCAGGACACAAGAUUCCUUGCACUUUAGUGUACCUGAGGUUGAGAGGAAGAAAUCUCAUUUAGCGAGACCUUCUCUACAGUGAAAAUUAAGAAUGGGUUAAUUAACUUUGCUUUUCUUGCCCUCAGAAAAAAACAAUCUCAUUCUCAAUAUGAACGCCUAAGAAAAACCCCAAGUCAGAACUCUAGUCAUGAAUUUCCAUGUGAUCCAUGGAGUCAGAUCCAGCUUUUGUAGUUGUAACCCAGUGAAACUGUUCCUCAUAGUAGGUGUUUGACCAGUAAUAGCAGUAAAAGAUCUGAUAGCUGGUUUCCGGUGCUUGUUUUAAAUAUGCAUGGGCCUUUUAAAUCCUCAUUGGGGGCAUUGGCUUUAGAAGUGUGACUUGUGGGGCUGUAGAAGGUGGUGAUUGUCCUAGAGCACCUCCAGGCCUGAACUCCAGCCAACUAUUGCUCUGACUCACAGCAAUAGCAUCCUACCAUCACCAGCAUCUUACAGAGCAGGGAAUUCCAGGGUUAGUCCAUUGAUAGCUCUGUGUGUGUGUGUGUGUGUGUGUGUGUGUGUGUGUGUGUGUGUGUGUGUGUGUGUAGAUUAGGCACAGCUGCAGGACUCUGUUUCCAUGGCUUCUUCCAUCAUAAGACGGGUAGAAACACAUUCACUGCUUCAGGGCUCUAACCCAUGUGUAGUCUUAUGGCUCCAUUGUAUAUUUACUGUAGCUUUGGUGUAUACUAUGUUUUCUUUUUAAAUGACUAAUUUUAAAAGUUAGUUUUUUCAGCAGUUGGCCAUUACAUCUCAUUCUUGCCAGUAUGGUUUGAGAGUGUAGCUUGAUUGUUAGACUUUCGUUGUCUGCUCAGUCUCUUCACACACAUCUCCACUGUCUACAAGCGGGACAGCUGUCAAUGAAUCUUCAUGGACCUGAAGAGGAUUUCUGUGAAGUUGAAUGCAAGUGUACUGUCAUUCACAGUGUUUAUAAAACACCAAGAACCUUCACUUUUGCUACCUUGAUAUAGCAUUGGAUUAUCAUGUUACAUUGAAAUACAUCAAUUUAUUAAAAACUACUUUUAUAAGAAA